AUGCAAGUAAGCUCAAAAGAUUGCACGCCACCCAAGGGACAAAAAGUGGCGGCGGGUGAGACAUUCUUCUACCGGGAACACAGCAAGCCAAAAGUGGAAACCUCCUACCGCAUCCGCAUCAUCUCUGGGACGGCCAACGCUGCCUUGUCUGAGAGUGUGUCGAAAUACCUGAACAUCCCAUUGUGCCGCACGGAGAUCAAGCGCUUCGCGAAUGGCGAGCUGAACAUCAAGGUGCUGGAUGACGUUCGUGGAGACGACUGUUUUAUCAUCCAACCCACAGCCGGUAAUGAGCAGACGGAUCUCAACACUGCCAUGAUGGAGCNCGUUCGUGGAGACGACUGUUUUAUCAUCCAACCCACAGCCGGUAAUGAGCAGACGGAUCUCAACACUGCCAUGAUGGAGCUGUUGCUGCUGGUACAUACAUUGAAGCUAUCCUCAGCCAGGCGCAUCACCGCCAUUAUCCCAUAUUUUGCCUAUAGCCGGCAGGACAGAAAGACGGAGCCGCGCGUGCCCAUUUCCGCAUCGGCGGUGGCACAGCUAAUCCAGUGCAUGGGUGUUGAUCGCGUGGUAACCCUCGAUCUGCACUGUGGCCAGUUGCAGGGCUUCUUCCGCAAUAUGCCAGUCGACAACCUCCUCAUGUUCCCCGAGCUUGCCGCGUAUAUCAUGCGGCAGCCAUGGUUUGAUAGGAGCAAGACGGUUGUGGUGUCGCCAGACGCCGGCGGUGUGGAGCGCGCCAACGUUCUCGCCGACCGUAUCGGCGCGAGCCACAUCGUGACAAUUCUGAAGCGGCGCGUGGCGGCGGGCAGGGUGGACUCCAUGCAGACCGUUGGCAACGUCGAGGGAUACACCUGCAUCAUCGUGGACGACAUGGUUGACACCGCUGGCACGCUCUGCAAGGCAUGCGACCUGCUGAAGGAGAUGGGCGCUGUGAGGCUGGUGGCGUGCGCGAGCCACGGCAUCCUGACCGACCCGGCGUGCGAGCGCAUAUCGAAGUGCGAUGCGCUGAGUGAGCUCGUUGUGUCCGACUCCAUCGCCCAGCACGUCAACUCCCAGAGGUGCAGCAAGCUGACUGUUCUCACGAUAGCGCCGCUUCUUGUGCAGGCGAUCUACAGCCUCCACCACGAGGCGUCGUUGUCAUCCUUGUUUGCAAAGUAG